GCAAGACUCUUUGAUUGCAAUAAACAAACAUGUCGUGGACAGAUUGCUGUGACUGUACCUCAACUAUAUUUGGUGUGGCUGCAUUUGCUUUAUGCUGGUACAUUUUCAAGAGACCAAAGAACUUUCCACCAGGCCCACACGGGCUUCCUUUAGUUGGUUACGCUCCGUUUUUGACCAACAAUAUGGCGGAUGAUUUCAUGAAAAUGAAAACAAAAUAUGGCUCUGUUAUGUCUGUGCAAAUGGGCCGUGAAGAUUGGGUGAUUUUAAAUGGAUAUGACACGAUAAACGAGGCGUUAGUGAAACAAGGAGAAAAGUUCUCCGGUCGACCAAGCAUCUUUUUGUUUGAUGUAGUUGCACAAGGACGGGGCGUCAUAACUGUCGAUUAUGGACAAACUUGGAAAACUUUAAGAAAAUUCGGCCUCAUGACAUUGCGAGGAUUCGGCGUAGGUAAGAAAGGAGUAGAAGAAAAUGUCAUUGAGGAAACUCCACUUCUGAUCGAGAAAUUGACAUCGACGAACGAGCAAUCUUUACGUUGGAAACUUACGUUAGCGAUAUCGAACAUCAUCUGUAGAGUGACAGUUGGGACGAGAUUUGAAUAUACCGACAAGAGAUUCGUGCGCCUGAUUGAGAUCUUUACAAAUUUUUCAAUCGAUGCCUCCGAUGCAAAGAUGUUGGGACUAAUAGCGGCUGCUCCCAUUGUUAGAUUUGUUCCACCAUUUAGCGGAUGCUUGAAACGAGCGUUGAAAGAAAUUGAUGAUUUCAUAGAAAUUUUUUGCGAUAUCAUUGAUGAACACGAAUCGAACUUCGACGAAAAUGAUACUCGAGAUUUUAUUGACGCCUUCCUCAAAGAGAUGAAAUCUAAAGGCAAGAACGAUCCCUGCUUUAAUAAACUUCAACUCAUUCAAUACAUUCGAGAUUUAUUUGAAGCUGGAACUGGAACGACAAGCACUACUUUAUGUUGGGCAAUUCUGUGCUUUGUAAAUUACCCAGAAUGUCAAGAUAAAAUUGCAAACGAAAUUAGGAAAACUUUAGGCGAAGACGGCGUACCAAGUAUGAAGCACAGAGAUGAAAUGCCUUACACUUGUGCCUUCAUACAAGAACUCAUGAGACAUAGAACAUUGGUGCCUCUGGGUGUAUUUCAUAAGACAAACGAGGAAGCAGCACUGAACAAAUACACUAUUCCUAAAAAUACCACGGUUUGUCCGAACAUCUGGUCUGUUCACUUCGACCCAAAAAAUUUCGAAAAUCCGAGAGAAUUUCGACCUGAGAGAUUUCUUGACCGUGACGGAAAAUUUAUAAAAUCGAAUCACGUGAUCCCGUUCUCCGUUGGACCUCGACACUGCCUGGGUGAACAUCUGGCCAGGAUGGAAGUUUUUAUCUUCCUGACAGGAAUUGUACAGAAACUAAGAGUUGUACCUAACCCAGACAUACCCGUGCCUCUUUUCGACGUUGGUGGAUUCAAUGUCGUAACGUACGAACCUCCGGAAUUUGAUGUGACUUUUGAGAAACGUUAAAUAUUGAAAGACAGCUUAGAAUAAAACAGUUUUUCUUUGUUUAAAUAAAUGAAAAUAUUAUGUUAAAUUGUAAUAAUUAUAGGAUGUAUUUACUUGGUUGUAGCUAGGAUGAAUACUAAAUACUACGUUAUUGACCCUUGAAAUAUACACAAGAAUACAACUAGAAAAUUUUCCAGCACAAUGUGAAUAUUUAAAAUACAAUUUAGUAAAUUUGCAAUCUUUAAAACCAGGCUGUAACAAUACGCAAGAUAUUUUUGUGUUGUGUUCGGAAUUCAUCGCAUCCUUCUGAAAAAGAUGUAAGUGUUACCUUGUAUACUUUUUAACAAGUUUAAUACGCCUUUCACUCCAAGCAAUGGUCUAUACCAGAGGUGUUAAACAAGUGACCCGCGGGCCAUAAUCCGUCCCACCAAGCAAUUUAGUGAGACCUUUGUCG